GAUGCUGCCGCUGGGCUGCGGGUGGAGGCAGCUUGGGGCAGGGCCAGGCGCUCCGGCCUUCGCUCGGCUCUGUUCUGGCGCCGAUAUGCCUAAGAAGGCUGGUGCGACGAGCAAGGGUAAAAGCCAGAGCAAUGAACCAGAGAGACCACUGCCUCCCUUAGCUCCUGUGGCAGUUGAUCCAAAAGGUUGUGUCACCAUAGCCAUCCAUGCCAAACCUGGCUCCAAACAGAACGCUGUAACAGAUUUGACAGCAGAAGCCCUAAAUGUAGCCAUUGCAGCAUCUCCAUCAGAGGGGGAGGCUAAUGCUGAGCUCUGCCGGUAUCUUUCCAAGGUCUUAGAACUCAGGAAGAGUUAUGUGGUUUUGCAUAAGGGUGGUAAGUCUCGUGAAAAGGUGGUGAAACUUUUAGCCUCCACAACUCUAGAAGAGAUCUUGGAGAAGUUAAAAAGGGAAGCUGAAAAAAACUAA